GUUCUGACUGCAUAAUGAAGAAAAAACGUCACUCUUACCCUCCUCAAUGGCAUCCUCAUUACCACAACCACCUCCUCUCCCCUCUCUCCACUUCACCCGCCGCUCACUCCUCCUAACAUCCACCUCCACACUCUCCUUUCCCUCCCUCUCCUCCUCCGCCACCAUACCACCUAACCCCACAAUCACCGACCGUGUCUUCAUGGAAUUCGGCCUCUGCCCCAAUUUUUUCCUCCCAAACCGCACCCUUGGCGACACCAUUUCCACUCUAUGCUCCGAUUCCACCUCAGUCGGACGCGUCAUCAUUGGCCUCUACGGUAACAUCGUUCCCCUCACCGUCUCAAAUUUCAAGUCCCUUUGCAUUUCUGCUUCCAAUUCUAAUAACCCUGAUUCCUCUUCCUACAAGAACACCCUCGUUCACAAAGUUUUUCCAGGUCAAUACUUUCUCGCUGGACGUCAGGGUCGUCCUGAAAAGGGCGAGGUCCGCCCUCCUCGUCACCUCCCACGCAACAUCGAAACGGUGGACCCCACUGCCUUCGCACUUACACAUUCCCGUCCCGGCGUCGUUUCGCUAUCGCUAUCAGAAAAUGAUGACGAUGAUGAAAUAAAGUUUAGCCCUGAUUAUCGGAACAUUGAAUUCUUAAUCACAACUGGACCUGGACCUUGCCCUCAGCUUGAUAGCAAAAAUAUCGUCUUUGGAACCGUGCUUGAAGGCUUAGAUGUCAUCACAUCCAUAGCUUCCCUUCCGACGUAUCAACCAGCUGAGCGGAUUCGCCAGUUUAAUGACUUGGCUGAAUUUUUUGGAGACGAAAGGGCUCAGAAUGCUCGUGCCAUAUGGAGCAGGCCUCUUACCACUGUUUAUAUUAGUAACUGUGGGGUGCUAGAGGUUGCAAAGCCUUCCCUCACGCCUUCUCUCCCUUAAUUUCUUUCCAUGUUUAUAAUAUCUAAGAGGAUUUCAUAUAACUUCUAUGUAAAAUCAUACUCAAAUUCUUUCAAAGGAAAUGAUGAUUAAUGAAACCUAUGUUAAAAACAAAA